AAACAAUCAAAGUCAAAAUCAGUAUCGCGCGGGAAUGUAGGAAGUUAUUUUGUUUGUUGUAUAUUUUGUUUGUGAUUAUUAUUUUAUUCUAUUGAUGUUAUAAAAACCAAUAAAAUGUGUGUUUUACCAUCUGAAAGCACGUUGCCGGUUCAAAUAAAAUUGAUAAGGAAGUAUUUGAAGCUUAAAAUUAUGGAGGACAACUUUACUUUCAAGAAUCAUAAGCAAGAAAGAGAUCAUGUUUACGAUUUGAUGAAACGCACUAUUGUGCACGGUGAAUCUCACUCUGCUCUCAUGCUAGGACCUAGGGGCAGUGGUAAAACCACGCUCAUCAACUCUGUUCUUCAUCAGCUGAGCAUGGAGGUGGAUCUAACUAGUGAUGCUAUUGUUGUGAAGUUGAACGGGCUCCUCCAUCAUGACGAUAAGGUGGCACUCAAGUCUAUUACUGCACAGAUGCAACUAGAAAAUGCAGUAGGGGAUCGAGUGUUCGGCACCUUCGCUGAGAACUUAUCAUUUUUACUAAGCUGUCUCCAAACGGGUGCUGACAGGAAGUGCAAGAGCAUGCUCUUUUUGCUGGAGGAAUUCGACAUGUUCUGCCACAGCGGCAGAACGCAAAAUUUGUUGUACAACCUGUUUGAUAUCACGCAUAGCAAGCAGUCGCCUAUGUGUGUGCUUGGAAUAACAAAUCGUUUGGACGUAAUGGAACUCCUAGAGAAGAGGGUAAAAUCGCGCUUCUCCCAUCGCCACAUCUUCCUGUUCCCAAAUGAGGAGUCCGGGGAAAUGAUCUCACCCAUAGACAAUUUCAAGCAGGUCCUACUAUGGUUGUUGUCUAUGCCUGUUUUGAAAGCUGUGGAUAGUCCAAGGAAGAAAAAAGGGAAGGGAAGAAAGAAAUCUAUCCAAACAUCAGAAUCAAUGGACGUAGACACCACAGAAAAUGCAUAUAUGAUUUCCGACAAAGUACUAUCAAAAUGUAAGGUCGCCGGCAAUGAGUUCAGCGGCUUGGACUCCAGUUUUGUUGAAGACUGGAAUGCUCAUAUAUACAGUUUGGUGCAAGACGAUGUUGUAACAGACGCUGUAGAGAAAUUCUGUUAUUAUACUGUCAAUGAACAGAUAUUUAGGAAUGUACUGUUUCAACUAAUUUGUCAAGUAUCACCGUCGAAACCUUAUAUUGAAGCGUCAGAGAUGUCCGCAGCCAUUGACAAAUGCGUCGCACCGGAGCAUAGAGUGAGACAGCUGCAGUCGUUGUCUAUACUGGAGUUGUCUCUGGUCAUAGCCAUGAAACACGGUAUGGAGGUGUUUGACGGGCAGCCUAUGAAUUUCGAAAUGGUUUUGCACAGAUAUACAAAGUUCGCCAACGCCAAUUCUUCAACGCAAUCAGUGCCCAGACCAGUCGUAUUAAAAGCGUUUGAACAUCUACAGUCUUUAGAAAUAAUCCUACCAGUUAGGAAUACAGACUCCAUAUACAAUUCAGGUGAUACCACCACGAGUAGGGUCCAAAAAGAAUAUAAAUUGUUCACUUUAGCGGUCCCCAUUGAAGAUAUUAACGAAGCUGUUAAGACUUUCAAAGCGUUGCCAACGGAAAUUAGCCAUUGGUACAAUAAUUCCAUUAUUUAAUUGUUUUUUUUUUUACUGGCAACAUUUUUUCCCGAUUUGAAAUUGUUCGAAUUCGAAGACCGUUUUUGAGAUUGAAUAUACAUUGUAAUGUAGAUCAUCAUUGUACGCUUACCCUCUUAUUUAUAAAAUGUUUUGUCUCGUUCUGUCAUUGUCAAUUAUUAUAAAGUGCGAUAGUGACAAAACCAACAUAUUUUAUUAAUAGAGGGUUAGUUGGCAUAUAAAGUAACAUGAACUAUACUUAUGUAAUGCGAAAUUAAAUUUUGAAUACUGUUCAUAAAAGACUGUCUUUUUAUUUGUAAGUCGAUGUUUUGAAGUGUAAUUUAUUUUUGCAUGAAAAAAAAAGUUUUUGAAACA